GGUUUUCCCAAUAAAAAAGCAGAAAAGAUGUUCGAUUUUAAGGCUUGGGCUGAAUACAUCGUGGAGUGGGCUGCAAAGGACCCAUACGGCUUUCUUACUACAGUGAUCUUGGCCCUCACACCGUUGUUUGUAAUUAGUGCAGUCCUUUCAUGGAAGCUUGCAAAAAUGAUUGAGGCCCGGGAGCGAGAGCAAAAGAAGAAAUACAAACGCCAAGAGAAUAUUGCAAAAGCCAAACGAACAAAGAAGGAUUAAAUGGGCCAAAAAAGGCCUUCCUCAUGCAAAGAAUCCAUUUUUUUAUAUGAAACACUUGUACCUUUUGUGCUUUAACUGUCCUUCGAUACUUGAUCCUGUUAUUUCUUGAAGUAUGGAACAAUACCUUCAACAUAUUUUUUUCUGCUGAGAUGAUUUGUCUUAGUCUGCUCAAGUGACACUUGUUACAGUCAUUUAAUCUACUACAUGUGCUCUAGUGCAGGUUGCUUUUCUAAAUUAGCAUGUUAAAUUAAAAAAAUUAAUUUGUUGGGUGGGAUUAUUUUUUUUCCUUAGCUGAACUGUGACUUAACAAGUGUCUUAAAAUCAUCAAAUUAUGGGGAAAAUGUGAAUGGUAAACUGGAUUACAGAAAGGCAAGUUUUGGUGUACCUUCAGCAGAGCUGUAGAGAGAAGCUAGCUUCAGAGCUAGGCAGCAUACCUUACCGGUCUCCUUUAAGGACACUGCCUGUGGCCCUGCGGUGCCCAUAGGGGCUGCUGUAGUGUCUUUGAUGGGGGGGCUUGUCUGCAAAGAGAACCUACCUUUGCUUUUCCUGUCUCCUGCACUACCAGCCAUCAAGAGUCUUUAAAUUCAGCCCAAACUCUAGGAAACUGAUGGCUUGUUCUUGCUACCUUUGUCUUGAGAGGCCACUCAUGUUCUACAAAAUAUGCUACUAUGUUGUUUGGUUUGCCCUAACAAUCACCUGAACACUCCACCUGCAGCUAACUUGUUUCUGCCUUCAGAAAUUUCCUGCGCCUCAAAGAAUAGCCAUAAAUGGGGUGAGACUAAAGGCCCAGGUGGCCUACUGUUGUGUGUCUUCGUGAGCUAUAGCAGGCGGCUGGGGGAGAGUCCAGGAGGAGGGUGGGUACGCUAGCAACAGUAGCUCUUCCUACUUGCUAACCUUCUGGCUACGUUUGGCUUAGGACCUUGUGAGUUUAGGUGGGAUCUUUGUUCUCAUGGCUCUUGAAAGCCUGCUGCCUUCCAGGUUGCAAAAUGCUGGCACACAGGAGAAAGUCCAAGUGGGGUUUGUGUUGUAAAUAUGCCAAAAUUAUUUAAUCUUAAUUCCAAAUCAUGUUUUCCUAAUAGAGGGGAUUAAUUUUUCAAAGCCUAGUUUUUCUUAAUAGUCUAGUUCUAAAGGGCUUGCGGCAGUCACUAAGUUUUUUAGACUUAGCAUGCUUCUGAACAGCAGCAGAGUUGUGCUUUCUAGCAACUAGUCCUUCAUUAUGUUUAAAAUUAAAACUUUAAAAUAAUUCCAUUGUUCAAAUGAGGAGACCUACAGACAUGGCUGACACUAAGGGGGAUUAGAAGUGCAGAGUCCAACUGAAAUGACUUAAAGUAAAUGUGAAGUAUUGUUUAUCCCCUGUCAAUUUUGUUGGUCAAAGCUAGCAUUAUUAGAAUAUGACAUUUUGUCACUUUAUAAAUACAGGGGAUGAAGUCUCUGCCUUUUGUAUGAAGUGUUGUCAAGUGUGUAUGUGUUCCAGCUUUGAUACCUACAUAACUUAAAAACACAUGGAGGAGAAC